GUGAAAUGUCUGCUCCGGGAUUGUACCAGGCGGCCGCCGGGCCCUCAUCGGCCCCCUCCGCGCCCCCAACUUACGAAGAGACGGUGGCCAUUAACAACUACUUCCCCACGCCUCCUGCGCCCAUGCCCGGGCCCACCACGGGGCUGGUGACCGGCCCCGAUGGGAAGGGCAUGAACCCUCCUGGGUACUACACCCAGCCAAUGCCCGUCCCCAACACCAAUCCAAUUACCGUGCAGACGGUCUACGUGCAGCAGCCGGUCUCCUUUUUCGACCGCCCGGUCCAGAUGUGCUGCCCUUCCUGCAACAAGAUGAUUGUGACCCAGCUGUCCUACAACGCCGGCGCCCUCACCUGGCUCUCCUGUGGGAGCCUGUGCCUGCUCGGGUGCAUCGCGGGCUGCUGCUUCAUCCCCUUCUGCGUGGACGCCCUGCAGGACGUGGACCAUUACUGUCCCAACUGCAAAGCUCUCCUCGGCACCUACAAGCGUCUGUAGGACUCGGCCAGACCUGGAGGAGGGAGCCGUGUGCAUGGCAGGAAGUCCUUCCCGACCCUCUCUGGCUCCACCCCUGACGGAGGAGGGUCCACCUCAGUGGUCUCAUCUCUCCGUCUCUUCUUGUCUUCUUUUAUUGGGGGGGAAAUAUCGCAAAAGCAACUCACUUCCCGGCCCCAGAAACUGCUGCUUGGAGUCGUGCACAGGACAUGCAAAGACAUUGACCUUGAGGACUGGGUCAAGGGUUUUCCCGCC